AUGUCAUGGAACCGCCUGUGCCACGUCACCCGAGCCACCGUUUCAUUUGUCAAAACUAAAGGCUCCUCAAUGCUCCUCGCGACGACGCGAACGAGCGAAGUGCAAAACAUUACCAAGGGUCCAAUAGAUGACAUAUAUGGGGAGAUUAUCAUACCAUUUGUUAAGAGAGAGAGAGAACAAAUUACCAUCCCUCAGAAGACCUGUGACAAAUACAAGUUCCCCAAUCACCCUCAUCAUCUACUAAGUUUUACUAUAUUUUCAUCUUCACCGUCCUCUUCAUCAUCUCAUCAUCACAACCAUGAAAAAGAAGAAGGUGAAUAUGAAGAAGAAGAAGAAGAAGAUGAUGAUGAUGAUGAUGAUGAUGAUGAUGAUGAUGAUGAAGACAGCAGUAUUUCAAGAUCAGAAUUAACAUGUGAUGGAUGCACAUUGCCUAUACAUGAAAAGAAGCAAAGAGAUGAUAAUGAGUACGAGAAUGGUUACAUGAGUUGUGAUGAAUGCAAAUACUUUCUCCACUUGUCCUGCUUUAACUUACCACCACACCUCUCAUCUCUUCCACUGCACCCCAUCCAAAAUCACGAUCUUACUCUUCUAAAUGCUGGCAAGUUAACAUGUUGGGCAUUAUGCAGUAUUUGUAGGGGUUAUACGAAUGGACUCGUUUAUAAGUGUACCCAAUGCUACUUCACUAUAGACAUCAAGUGUGCUUCUCUGCCCAACACCAUAAAACACGCAGCUCACCCACAACCGUAUCAUCUCAUGAAUCUAGUCAUGGACAAUCUCUGGCACAACUUCUGUGGUGUUUGUUAUGAUUCUAUAUAUACAGAUAAUGUAUUGUACAGAUGCAAUAGCUGCAAAUUUUGUAUGUGUGGUGAAUGUGUGCUGCUACCAGCACAAAAUAAGCAUAGAUUGGAGAAGCACCCGUUGCGAUUGACAUAUGAUGCGUAUGUUAAUCGUCCUGGUGAGUUCUACUGCAGCAGCUGCGAAGGCCAAAUGAAUCCGAGGAGGAGGAUGUAUCAUUGUCGAGACUGCGAUCAAUCCUUUCAUCCUUAUUGCAUUCCUGCUACGUCGGGUCAAUAUAGAAAUAUCAACUAUGGGAUGCAGCAGUAUGUGAUUCCCACUCUUCAUCACCACCCUCUUAGAUUUCAAAUUAUAACCAAGAAAAAGCUUUGCGACCUAUGUCAUCAAGAUAAGUAUCAGAUGCCUGGAUUUCAAUGUGCGUCAUGCACCUUUGUCAUCUGUUUAAACUUCUGCGCUGAAGAUUUGAUUGAUAAAAUUCACAUCGCCGAAUAGAAUUUCU